AGUUUUACUUGAUCAGUCAGUUGAUGCAGUUGUCUAUAUAGUCCAGUAAAAAAGAGGCAAACUUACAUUUCUUCUGAUAUAAAGUUAUACAGGGUCCAAGCGCCACACUUAUCCUGGACGACUGUACAAUUACACUCGGUUUGCAAAAGUCUAGUGCUGUGUAUGUUUUGAAUGCUACUUCUACGAACUUCGAACGUGCUUUUCUGAAAAAGAUAUAUUUAGUGAACUAUUUAUGGACAAGAUCGAGAUAUGCAACAUAUGCGAUAAAGCACUGGAGUGUGCUACGUUAAAAGUCGUCGCCGUUAAAAAAAGGGGUCUGAGGUCAUUUGUUGCGAAAAGCAAAGAAAUUGGCGAUAGAAAAUGGAAGAUUUGGAGCAGACAUACCUCGGUUCUCGUGCAUACCGCGUGCCGCAAUAUAUACUCAAAGGCAACAAUCAAAAAUGUGGCCGCAAAAGCAGCAAAACUGAAAGCUUUAUCGACAUCUUCUGCUGAAACACCUAGUACGUCAGCGAGGAUUUCUGAAUCGCCGCUCACGAAAAAUAAAUUCAAUUUCCGUGACUUGUGCUUAAUAUGCGCAAAGCCAUGGAAGGAAAAGAACAAGCAAGGCUCCGUGAUACAUAACGACUAUAUGAAGGUAAAGCUCCUCAAUAUAGCUAAACAGCGAGACGAUGACAUAAGCAUCGAUGUGCAACAUCGAUUGAAAUAUGUCAAUUCUUUAGUUGCUGUGGGCGCACGAUAUCACAACAAAUGUUACGUGCUGUUUUUGCUAAUCCCAACCGACACGUCGAAUCGUACUUCAGAAACAAAAAAUAUGGACUCGGAUUUUCAAUUCAUUGCGGAGCAUAUAAAAAAUUCGCAAAAAGGAACAUUCACAGCAAAUGAAUUACUGUAUCUUAAAGGUAGCAGAUGUUUUUCACAAGAAUUUUUGUAUCGAAAACUGAAAGAAUAUUUUCGAGAAGAUAUCUACAUUUUGCGGCGACAAGGCCAUGUAACAUUGAUCUUAUAUAAAUGCUUCAGUGUGUCCGAUGUAUGUGGAAUAUGGUAUCGUAAUCCGAAUUCCCUCAAUAUCAAGCAGCAAGAAGCAUUAGUAAACGCAGUAACAGAGAUCGUCCGAAAAACUAUCAAGAAUGAAUGAGCAGGAAGACGAUUCCUACAUGGAGUACCAUUUAUAGGUAUGUCCCACCACGGGCACUGGUGUAACCUUGAAGUGGGAGUUGCUGUUACAAUAGGCAGGUAGCUGUCAACAAUCUUCGGAUACUUGUCAACGGAGUGAAACUCCGUGAUCGCAAACAAAUAUCUCUCUCUUUUAGGACAAUGAUUAAAAUAUAUGUCUUAGUUGUUUGUUGCUAUAUUAAAGAAUAAAAUAUUAACUCCAAUUCAAGUAAUAAAUCUUCUUUUAUCUUCGUAAGAUGGUAAAAAUGUAUAGCUUCAAAUAUUUUGUAAUAUUUUAAUUUUCUGUAUAUAAAUAGAAAUUUAGAAAU